AUGUCCGAAAAUAUACAAGAAACGAUUGUGGAACUAAUUAAUCAAGCACAACUUUAUGGAAAAGAUAGUGUUAGAGUACAACAUCUUCGGCAUGUACAAGAACUUAUUUUACGAAAAGAUCCAAGUUUACUUGAUAAUUUUCUUGAAGAAGUACUCUGUUUUCAAACAGAUAAAAGUCCUGAAGUGAGAAAAACUAUUAUAUCAUUUAUUGAAGAAGCUUGUCAACACGAUCCCGAAGUGAUUGUUAAAGUGAUUGAUAGUCUACGACUUUUACUUUACGAUGAUAAUGUACUUGUACAAAAACGAUUGACUGUCAGUAUGAUUACGAUUUAUAGAUUGACUUUAAAGUGGCUUUCUAAAUCUCGUCUUGUCGAUGAAAACGUUCGUAGUAUGUGGGAAAGUAUGGUGAACAUGAAAAUUCAUAUAAUUGCUAUGCUUGAUUCUGAUAAUGAUGGACUUCGUACGGUCGCUAUUAAAUUUAUUGAAAUGCUUGCACUUGUGUUAUCACGUCGUACAUCAGAUUCAAUCGUUCCCACUUUCAAUGAACAAGAUUUUUCCCUUAAUUUAUUACAAGAUGAUCAUCGUAUAUUACGUCGAAAUAAACUUGAACAAGAAGGAAAAGAUGUUAUGGAGAAAUUACUUGAAUUUACACUUUCUCAACAUUUAUCCAGUGUUAAUCUAAUAGCUGCAAUGGGCGCAAUAGCAAAUAUUGCUCGACAAAGACCAGAUUAUAUGAGCCGUGUUGUACAAACUUUUGAAGCAUUACAAGUUAAUCUACCCCCGACAUUGGUUGACUCACAAGUUAGUAGUGUACGUAAAAUAAUUAAAUUAAAAUUAUUAAGUCUUCUCAAACAUCCUGCUUCAUUCGAUUUUCAACCUCAAAUAACAACAUUACUAACUGAUCUUGGCGCAACACAAGCCGAAGUCCUUAAACAUUUACCUAAAGCACCAGCAGAAUCGAAACGUAAAAUAACAUUAAGUAAUAGCGAAAUCAAUACGAAAAAACCUAAGAUGACGAUUGAUGAUACGAGUAUUUUUGAUAAAGAUGAUUCAAAUAGUAGUAUAAGUGGAAAAGGAAUAUCUACCAGUGGUACACAUGGUUCCACGAUGUCCUCCACUUCGACGAGUCCAUCAUCGCCAUAUCCACAACAUCAAACAGCAAUUGAUAUAACAGCUGCUGAUCUUGUUGGAAAGUUAUCUAUUGGAAAUGUUGUUGAUUUAGUUCUUGUAUCCAUGUUUUUAUUACCCGAAAAAAUGCCAGCAUCAUUUCAAGCAACAUAUACACCAAUUGCAGCUGCUGGCACACCCGCGCAAAUCGAACAUUUAGCACGAUUACUUGGUGCACAAUUAACAGCAGCUGGCUAUGGCAAAGGUUAUGAACUUAUGAAAUCUCAACAGCAAGCUAAACCAAAAAUUGACGAUGAUAUUGAUGAAGGAAAACCUAUAGCAAGCAUUACGGGCAUUGAACGUGAUGACUUUUUUCCUUCGUCAUCCGCAGAUGUUGAAGGAAAACCAAUGUUACCAUCGACCAGUGGCAAUGAACUUAGUGAUAUGCCAUCAACAUCGGCAGGAAUAACAACAAUGUCCACAAUACCAAGUGUACAACAGAAAAAGAUGAAACCGUUUAAAUUAGCUGAUGCAAUUAAACCUAUUGAAUAUGAUGAAAUGCAACGCAUGUCAAUAGACUCAUUUUAUCGAAUUCUUCAUGCCGAAGACGUUUGUGAAACAGCUGGUGUUGGCCAUGUCAGAAAGAAAACAAUGACUUCAUUAGUUUGUUUAUCUGAACGAAGUUUUCGCGACAUUUAUGAAGAUUACAUAUUCGCCGAUGUACGUAAACGUCAUGAUCUUGCAUUCGCAUGGCUUUAUCAAGAAUUUGUUUAUGCUAAUGGAUACUUAAGCAUAUUGGACCCAAAUAAAAGAAAAGAUUUUACUAAAUACGAUGAUACAUUGUGUCGAUUACUUGAAUAUUUACAAGAAAAACCAGAUCAACGUGAUGGUUUAUUUUCUCGUUUGUUAACAAAUGCACCAUUAAUUACAGAUAAAGCAUUACUCGUAUUAAAAAGAUAUUGUCAAGAUGAAGCUCGUUCUUAUCUAGGUAUGAAUACAUUACGUGAUUUGAUAUUUCGUCGAAUAAAUAUGCGUGAAAAAUUCUUGGAUAUUUUACUUGACUUUACUCAUAAUGAAAAUCUGCCAGUAAGAAAUAAUGCGAUACGUAUCGCAAAAAGUCUUCACGAAAAAGAAGAAUUUAAACAAUCAAUCGAACGACAUGCUUUGAAAUUUUUAAAACAUUUAACAGCUGGCCAACCACCAGAAGCACUUUUUGCUGAUGACAAAAAAGUAUCAACAAUACCAAGUGACGUUUGGACAGAAGAUUCAAUUCGACUUUGUCUUCCAUUGUAUCUCAGUUUGAUGCCCUCUAAUCAUUAUUUAAUUCAACCAUUAGCAACAAUCUAUACAGCGGUUAAUGGUGAUAUUAAACGCGUAAUUCUUCGGGUUUUAGAAAAUCCUGUUCGUGACAUGGGUAUGGGCAGUGCAGAAAUAUUAAAACUAGUUGAAAAUUGUCCUAAAGGUGCCGAAACAUUGAUUACGCGUAUUAUUCAUAUUCUGACUGAAAAAGCGCCACCAUCACGAGAACUGGUUGAAAAAGUACGAGAUCUAUACCACAAACGUGUAUCUGACGUUCGUUUUCUAAUACCAGUACUAACUGGUUUGGACAAGAGGGAAAUCAUUAGUGUACUACCAAAACUAAUCAAAUUAUCACCACCGGUCGUCAAAGAAGUCUUUAAUCGAUUGUUGGGUCUUAAUGCUUCACCUGAAACAUCACAUGCUAGUCCAAUCUUAUCAUCUGAAUUACUAAUUGCUCUUCAUCAGAUUCCUUCAGAGGAAUGUGAAUUAAAAACAACGAUGAACGCAACUACAUUAUGUCUAAACGAACGUUCCAUUUAUACUCACGAUGUUCUUGCUGUUGUUAUUCAACAACUUGUAGAUAUUAACCCAAUACCUGUUUUGUUUAUGCGAACGGUUUUACAAGCACUUAGUUUCUAUCCAAAAAUGGUUGGCUUUGUUAUGAAUAUUCUACAACGGCUUAUAACAAAACAAACUUGGAAACAAGCACGAGUGUGGGAAGGUUUUAUCAAAUGUUGUCAAAAAACUCGACCUCAUUCAUUUCCAUUACUUCUUCAAUUACCACCUCCACAACUUAAACAUGUUUUUCAGACGGCACCGGAAUUACGCGAGGGUCUUAUGCGUCACUUACAUUCCAUGUCAAUCGGACAACGAUCAUUGAUUCCAUCAUCUAUACUAACGGUCAUUGAAGAUAAUUCCGAAAAUGUUGCACCAGAAAUACGUAUACAAACUGUGCCCAUUCCUUCUAUUACAUCUCAUGAUCAAUAG